AUGGCAACCGACGGUGAAUUUAAAGGCGAAGACAUCUCCCCAUCAAAAGAUGGAGGUAUUUUGAAAGAAAUUAUCAAAGAAGGUUCUGGCGAUGAACAUCCGUUGCCAAACGAUAAAGUCUUUGUGCAUUAUGUUGGUACUUUAUUAGAUGGAACGAAAUUUGACAGCAGUCGAGAUCGAAAUCAAAAAUUUGAAUUCGAAAUUGGUAAAGGUGCAGUGAUUAAAGCAUGGGAUAUCGGUGUAGCCACUAUGAAACGCGGAGAAAUCUGCCGAUUAGUAUGUAAACCCGAAUAUGCUUAUGGUGAAACCGGUUCCGGAGACAAGAUUGGACCCAAUGCUACAUUAAUUUUCGAAGUUGAACUCUUUGAUUUCAUUGGUGAUGAUAUUAGUGAAGGAAAAGACCAAAGUGUUCUUCGACGAAUAUAUAAGCGAGGAGAAGGAUGGGCAAAACCAAGUGAUGAUAGUCGCGUGGAAGUAUCCCUGAAAGGUACUCAUGAAAAUCGUGUUUUCGAUGAUCGAAAAGUUAAAUUCACAAUUGGCGAGGGUUACCUGGAAAACAUUCCUGAAGGUGUUGAACAUGCCAUCACACGCAUGACUAAAGGUGAACACUGUCAAUUGAAAUUGAAAUCCAAAGCUACAUUCGGUUUGGAGAAAUUUAACAUUCCGAAAAACGCACACGUGGAAUACAUUGUGACAUUGCACGAUUUUGAAAAAGGUGUCGACAAAUAUUCAAUGAGCGAUGCCGAUAAAAUCGAGCAGUCUGAAAAAUUGAAAAAACGUGCCGGUGAAUUAUUCAAAGAUGGUCAUCACUAUGUUGCCGGUAAGAAGUACAAAGCCAUCACUGAAUAUCUCAAAUCAGAAAACUACGAAAGCGACAGUGACAAAAAGAAAGCCGAUGAGUUGAAAUUAACUGCCAAUUCAAACUUGGGACUGUGUCAUUUGAAGUUGGGUCAACAUGCUGAGUGCAUUCGAGCAUGCGAUGCUGCAUUGGAAUUAGAUCCUAAAAACGAAAAAUGUCUUUUCCGUCGUGCACAAAGUCAAAUGGCGAUGAAUCGGUACGAAGAAGCAAUAAAAGAUUUUCAGCAAGUUUUGAAACUGAACGCAUCGAACAGCGCCGCAACUCAACAUAUUCAAACAUGCCGUGAGCAUCUCAAAGCUUAUCAACAACAAGAAAAGCAAUUAUAUGCAAAAAUCUUUUCAAAAAUGUCAAAAGACUCGGGAAAAUCGAAUGGACAUGAAAUGAAUGACGAGAGUAAAAUAAACAAGGAAAACACAAAUGAGUCGACAACAUCUGCUUAA